ACGCUGCGUUCUAGAACGCAUGCGCGGUCCACUUUCUCUUAGCGGAAGUAGCUAAUGUUUUGGGGUUUGAACGCGGCCCACAUGCACGGCUACGUCGACUGCCACUGUCAUAUCUCUGCGGGGGAUUUUGACAAGGACAUAGAGGAGGUGAUUGAGAGCUCAAAAAAGGCUGGGCUGUUGGCGCUGUUAGCUGUGGCAGAGCAUGCCGGGGAAUUUGAAAAGGUUAUCGAGUUGUCACAGAGGUUUCCAGGUUUUCUCUUUCCCUGCCUCGGAGUCCAUCCUGUUCAAGAAGUGUCCCCAGAGCAACAGAGAGGGGCUUCUCUCCAGGAUUUAGAUGCUGCUCUGCCCAUAAUAGAGAAAUACAAAGACCAGCUUGUGGCCAUUGGUGAGGUCGGUUUGGAUUUUACACCCAGAUAUGUCAGCUGUGACACUGACAAGGAGAGCCAAAGGCAGGUCCUCAUUCGUCAGGCACAGAUAGCCAAAGAACUGGAUCUUCCCCUAAAUGUUCAUUCGCGCUCUGCAGGAAGACCCACCAUCCACCUCCUGAAGGAGCAAGGUGUCGAAAAAGCCCUGCUUCAUGCUUUUGAUGGGAAACCGUCUGUUGCCAUGGAGGGAGUGAAGGCUGGAUAUUUCUUCUCCAUCCCACCGUCCAUCAUACGGAGUGAACAGAAGCAGAAACUUGUGAAACAGCUGCCAUUAGAGAACAUCUGUCUCGAAACUGAUUCACCUGCUCUCGGUCCAGAAAAGCAGGUGAGAAAUGAGCCCAAAAACAUCUGUAUCUCUGCGGAGUACAUCAGUAAGAUCAAAGGAGUGUCUCUGCAGACGGUGAUGGAGGUGACGACACAGAACGCCCUGCGACUUUUUCCAAAGCUGAAGUCUGCCCUAAGACCAUGACGAAACCCUUGAAAGUUUUAUUUCAUCAGUCUGGAAUAUCCUGAAUUAUGUGUCUGAGUAACUUUAUUGGGAAGUCUGACUGAACCAAGAUUCCCUGAAGUGUAACAUCAGAGCUAAAACAUCUGCAUGUGGACUAUUUAACUGUGCUUGAAAGACGUUUAUUUAUCUCCAUGUAUUCUUAAAUAAAGGCAGAUGAGAUAACAAUUUCA